CCUUUGAACCUUGGACGUAUGGACAAGGAAUGCUCACACUGCCACGCCUUGCACUGGAUCGAUGAAAGGCAAGAGACAUCUUCGAUGAGAAAUCCCAGCUGGGAGUUAUGCUGCAAGCAGGGAUCAGUCCAGUUGCAACUCUUACCUGAUCCAUCUGAGUACUUGAAGGACUUGCUCGAAUGUACGGACAGCCAAGGCCGUCACUUUAAGGACAACCUUUGUCAAUAUAACGCUGCCUUUGCAUUUACCUCUUUGGAGUGCGACAUUGUCUCAGCUGAGGAGCGUAAUGCCAACAACAGCAGAGGUGGACUUAACGCAUUCCAGAUCCAUGAUGCUCUUUGCCACCUCCAGGGGACACUAAUUCCUUAUGAUGGCAGCGAACCAUCCUAUGCUCAACUCUACAUAUAU